GUAUUGCUAAUAACUGAAUGAAUGCCGAUUGAGAAGCGAGUAACAAGGGCAGGUAUCUGGUCUAGAGCAUCUGUUGCAGAAAGAACAGGGCGACUCAUCCGAUAGAAUUCAUUACUUUUUCCCAGUUCUACUUUCUUGCUGCCAAAUAGGAAUACCAUAGCUAAUACUACUAUUCUUCCUUUAUGCUAUUCAUUGCACAAGCACUAGUGUGGAAAUGCUCUGCUCUGCUCCACUCAGUAUUACUGUUAUGAUUUCUAUUGCUAUUAGUUAUUAGUUAAUGAUAAUAAUAAUUGAAUUAAAAGAGCGAGCUCAUACUUUUUAGCAUCUGAGCUCAUACUGUUACUAUCGUGUUCUUAAUCUGUCUACAUGGUUACAUACAUUUAUACAUCAUCCCCUUAGCAUUAACCCCAUCCCGAAUUGGUUUCUGAUAUUGAUCCAUCAACCUAGUUAUCUAUUACUAUUAUUUUGAUCUGCUGUUUCUGUUAGUUCCCUUGAGAAGCUGAUCGAUUAAUUACCAAAUAAAGUGAAAAAAUGAGUGGAGCUGUUCUUGUUGCCAUAGCUGCUGCUAUCGGUAACAUGCUACAAGGAUGGGAUAAUGCUACCAUUGCAGGAUCCCUUUUGUACAUAAAGAAGGAGUUCAAAUUGGAAAGUGAGCCGACGGUAGAAGGUCUAAUCGUGGCCAUGUCACUGAUUGGAGCGACACUGGUGACCACAUGCUCUGGAGCUGUGUCGGAUAUGUUGGGCCGCCGUCCUAUGUUGAUAAUCUCCUCUCUCUUUUAUUUUUUGAGCUCUCUCGUUAUGUUGUGGUCUCCAAAUGUCUACAUUCUCCUCUUUGCAAGGCUCAUAGAUGGCCUGGGCAUUGGUUUGGCUGUCACCCUGGUCCCUCUCUACAUAUCCGAGACUGCUCCACCAGAGAUUCGUGGACUACUCAACACGCUUCCCCAGUUCACUGGCUCCAGCGGAAUGUUCCUCUCCUAUUGUAUGGUCUUUGCCAUGUCACUUACCAAGGCGCCAAGCUGGAGACUCAUGCUCGGUGUUCUUUGGAUUCCCUCUCUCAUUUAUUUUAUGCUCACACUCUUCUUCUUGCCCGAAUCUCCAAGAUGGCUUGUCACCAAAGGCCGGAUGUUUGAGGCCAAGAAGGUUCUGCAGCGGCUUCGUGGCAGGGAUGAUGUUGCCGGUGAGAUGGCUUUAUUGGUUGAGGGUCUUGGAGUGGGGGGUGAUACGACUAUAGAGGAAUACGUAAUUGGUCCAGUCAAUGAAUUCAGUGAUGUGGAGGAUCCUUCAGCCGGAAAAGAGCAUAUCAAAUUGUAUGGGCCAGAUCGAGCUCCAUCCAUGAUUGCGAAACUCGCAUCUGGACAAAGUUCCAUUGGCCUUGCAUCUCGAAAGGGAAGCAUAGUAAAUCAGAGUGCUCUAGUAGAUCCUCUAGUGAAGCUCUUUGGUAGUGUCCAUGAAAACAUCCCAGAAACAGGAAACACCCUUUUUUCCAACUUUGGAAGUAUGUUUAAUGUUGGAGGAAAUCAACCUAGGAACGAAGAUUGGGAUGUAGAAGAAAGCCUUGCCAGAGACGGUGAUGAUGUGUCCAAUGCUGCUGCUGGUGAUGCCGACGACUCUUUGCACAGUCCACUCAUCUCACGUCAACCAACAAGUGGUAUGGAUAAGGACGCACCUGCUCCUGCCCAUGGUAGCCAAUUAAGCAUGAGGCAAGGCAGUAAUUUGCAGGGGAAUGCUGGAGAACCCCUUGGUGGUAGUACAGCCAUUGGUGGUGGUUGGCAGCUGGCAUGGAAGUAUUCUGAAAGAGAAGGGCCAGAUGGGUCAAAACAGGGUGGUUUUCAGAGAGUCUAUUUACACCAAGACGGGACCCUUGGAUCCAAGCGCGAGUCUCACCUUUCACUUGUAGGUGGUGCUGAUGGGCUGACAGAUGGCGAGGUUGUUCAUGCGUCUGCUCUGGUCAGUCAGCAAGCCCUUUACAACAAAGAGCUUAUGAAUCAGCAGCCAGUAGGACCAGCUAUGAUUCAUCCAUCUGAAACAGGUGCAAAUGGGCCUAGUUGGAGUGAUCUUUGCGAACCUGGAGUGAAGCAGGCGUUGAUUGUGGGUGUGGGGCUUCAAAUUCUUCAGCAGUUCUCUGGUAUAAAUGGGGUUCUCUACUACACACCUCAGAUUCUUGAGCAGGCAGGAGUUGGUUAUCUUCUUGCAAGCUUGGGCCUUAGUUCCACUUCUGCGUCGUUUCUUAUUAGCACUGUGAUAACCUUGUUGAUGCUACCUUGUAUAGCUGUUGCCAUGAGGCUCAUGGAUAUAUCGGGAAGAAGGGCUUUGCUGUUGAGCACAAUCCCGGUCUUGAUAGCAUCUCUUCUGAUAUUAGUGCUAGCGAGUUUUGUGGAUUUGGGGAGUGCCGUGAAUGCAGGAAUCUCAACAGCAAGCGUGGUUGUGUACUUCUGCAGCUUUGUGAUGGGAUUUGGACCGAUUCCAAAUAUCCUCUGCGCGGAGAUCUUCCCCACGCGAGUUCGGGGUCUCUGCAUUGCCAUAUGCGCUCUUACCUUCUGGAUUUGUGAUAUCAUCGUCACCUACUCUCUCCCAGUUAUGCUCAACUCCUUAGGCCUUGUAGGUGUUUUUGGUAUCUAUGCGGUUGUGUGCACUAUAGCCUGGGUAUUUGUCUUCUUGAAAGUCCCAGAAACCAAGGGCAUGCCACUAGAAGUCAUCAUAGAGUUCUUCUCUGUCGGGGCAAAGCAGGCACAAGCUGCCAAUAAUAUCUGACUUCCCAUCACCGCAUAUUCAUAUUUUCUUUCUUCCCUUUUUUUGCGGACGCUGGAAAGUGGAAAGAGAAGGACUUCCCCCAAUUUUCCAUGAGUUGAUCAGAUUCACAAAGGAGAAAGUAUGUUCAUCUUCAAAGCGUUCAUUUUAUUUUUCUGGCCUUGUAGGCAUCAACAUACUAGCUCAACAAAGAAUUUUAACGAGAUUUGAAUACAACUUUUAGUUCCC